AUGUUUGGCAUCAGACUUACAAACUGGUCUGACGAAGAAGCAUCUGUGAAGUGUCAAGAUCUCUUGUCAAAUGACGUCCAAUGUUUGGCUGACGAGGGGCCCCAGCUGGCCUGGUUGGAUGAAGAAACUCACACAGUUAUUGCACAUGGUGGACUUCGACUUGUGGACGAAGAAAGAUACAGCGUAGUUGAGACUUCAAACUUGAGAAUCGACAACACUAGACUGGAGGAUUCUGGGAACUAUUCGUGUAGUGUCAACACGGUUCCUGUGGAAACCGCCAUUAUCAGUCUUAUAGUCCAAGAGUCCCCUGUAAUCGUGGCUUCUUCUAACGACACCUGCUGCCAUGGGAGAGGAGGUUACACUUGUUCUGCAACGUCACCGGAAGUCCAGAACCUAAGAUCACGUGGUAUCGGAGUGGGGAAGGGGAGGCAGCUGGUCAUCAAGUCCGCCCAGGCGUCCGCCACCUACCUGUGUAUGGCCAGUAAUGGCGUCCCACCUGGCGCCUCCACUGAAAUGCAGCUCAUAGUCAGUGGUGAGAACAUUGUAAUUGUCUUAGAUGACCGUUUCCCCUUCAUCCUAUCUAAGACACAGACUAGAGUCGGUGGCCAUCUGAACAAGUCUGUCCUACUGGAGUGCGUGGUGAAGGCCUCGCCCCCACUCACCCAACGCUGGACCAAGGGAGGGCGUGUCCUCACCAGCGGCGACAAAUACAGCUUCAACACCAUCUCCUUGGACAGCAACACGUACUCUACUGAACUCCGCAUCAACGACCUGGUCCUGAGAGACUACGAUGACUACACGUGUGAGAUCAGCAACGAAUAUGGCAUCACGUCAAGGGUUAUCACAUUAUACGACAACACGCCAACCACUGCUGCACCGGCAACGACCACACCUCAUCCCUCUACGCCCUUCACGGGAGGUUGUCCGAUCUGUGAGCCGAUGUCAGAGGAACAGGCGAUAUUUGCAUAUUGCCAGUCUGCUGCAGCAUACAAGGUCCUCGGCAUAAGGAUCAGGAGGUCAAGGGUCAAGGUCAAGAUUCUUGUUGACUUCCGGCCAGUGAAACGGGUGAAAAUAAGACGUGUCCUGAGGCUGGUGAUUGACAAGAAGUGUUCUUGUGAUGUCAUUAAGAAACUGAAGCCUAGAAGCAUGGUGGCUCUCUUCAUGAUGAGAAAGAAAGACUUCACAUCCAAACCACGCGAGAUCAUCAUCGGAUCCGAGACUUCCGCCAUAUUGCUGCCGAAGAAAAUGGAAAGAAAGAUUCUUCUUGGAAGAAAUACAUGUACAAAGUAACAGUGUUACAGUAGUGUGUACUUCAGUAGCCAUACUUACUUUCUUCCAGUGGACUUUCUGUUGAAAUAGACGGGAGGUCAAUAUGUUUCGGAAAUUAUAAUAAUAUGAUAUCGAUGCACACUGUUUAAUCAAAUAGCCACGAAGCCAACAUGGCUUCAACUUGUAAUGGUUCAGGAAGAGAGGCGACCACGCAUUGAUAGAGUCGCGACCAGAGCCUAUGCUCAGAUUGUAUACUUGACUGCUCAAUAAGUCUCCCUGUGAUCUCCGUGCUUGUAGUUUAUUUCUGCCCUCUGUUAAAGCAUGGUCACUCCCGGUUGACAUACUGAUAUGACAUAAAGACAUACUGUUAUAAUGAUUGCUGUGUGUCCUAUUGUCAACAAGGCAUAAAGUCUACAUCGGUAACAUCGUUGCGCAGAACUUUUGUAAUAUGUGCAAUAUGAAAUAACUUUACAUUAUAUUACAUAUUAUUGGUGAUAUAUUAUCCAUGCUUUAAGAAAGUGUAGAAGUGCUGUAAACUCUUUUGUAUAUCUGACAUGAAUAAACAAUAUUAGUGUGUA